AUGGGAGACCAACGUCACUUGGAGCACCGGCCAGUGCAGACCAGCGCGGUCUACGUUCUCGGCGCGACUCACUGCGACUCAAUGCCACCUCCUUCACCUCCUUCACCGCCAGUGUCUCCGCCUGAAGAUGAGUUUUUGGAAGACUUGGAGGAAUUGAGCCUGGGAUCGCCCGACGACAUCCCCGAGAGUGACGAGACCUGCGCCAAGAUCCAGGACCGCCUUCACGCCGCAACACAUGUCCUCAAGACAGAAGCCGCAGCGCUGCGGGCGGUCGCAAAUUUGUACGAGACAGACCCAGUUGCCCGGGACGGCUUCAACAGGACCGUAGCGGCAGUUACACGGCACAAGGGCGAAAAGGGCAAGCUCAUCAUUACCGGGGUUGGCAAGUCUGGUCACAUCGCCAACAAGCUGGUUGCAACUUUCAACAGCUUGUCCAUCACAUCAGUGUUUUUGAACCCCAUUGACGCUCUCCAUGGCGACCUGGGCAUUAUUCAGAAACACGAUAUUCUCAUGUUCAUCACAUUUUCCGGAAAGACGUCAGAACUCUUCAGCUUAUUACCGCACCUCGACAAACCUUCGUCAUUAGUCAUCCUCACCGGGCACACAAGACCUGAUACUUGCGAGCUCAUCAAGCUCCGGCCAGACACCAUCCUUCUCCCGGCGCCGGUUCACGAGAGCGAAACGGCGUCAUUCGGCGUCUCAGCCCCAACAACGUCCACGACAGUCGCCUUGGCCGUGGGCGACGCACUCGCCAUCGCCGCGGCACAGGAGCUGCACCCGAGCGUCGCGCAGGUCUUCUCCAAGAACCACCCGGGUGGCGCGAUUGGCGCUGCCUUCCGGAAACCGCAGACGAUCCUGGACCUGGCCGUUCCCUGGAUCGACAUUGUCGACUCGGACAACCUGUGCGCGGACAGUGUGGGCGCGGACCUCUUCCGGGCCGCGUACGACUCGGCGUCCGGGUGGGUGCGCGCUGGCAACGAUGUCGCAUCGCCGGGCCGGAUCCGGAAGCUCGCGACGGCGGACUUUGCGCGGUGUCUAAGGGACAUUCCGAGCCUAAUGGUUCCGAGAGCGGAGAUGCUCUCCGUCUCGUCGGGGACAAGUAUACGGCGCGCCGUGGACUUUGUGAGGAAUAUGCAGGGCGCCGCGGACGACGGCGAGUAUGUAUGCAAUUCGGAUUCGAUCCUGGCCAUCCUGGACCAAGGAGAAAUGGUUGGCGUUUUAGAAGUGGGAAAGCUUUUGGAGUGGCAGGACUGA